UCACACCGCACCUAUAUUCAGAUUUCUUCUGGCUAUACAAGAAGAAUAAAAACACUGAUCGUUGACCACAGAGGAGACAGCUGAUGAGUUCAGAGUUCAGCAUUAACCAUAAAGAUUAAGUAACUUUGACUCCAGCUUGGUUUAAAGCGAGCACUGACUGUCUGCAAAGCAGCACUCAUUGCUGAAUACUGUGGCAGUUAAUCAGUUAAUGACCACACCUCCACACAGAUAUCAGAACCACAGUAUGAUAGAAUACAGCCAACUAAAGCAUCACGAUAUUUUAGCGUUUAUCAGUGCAAAUAACACAGACAGAGCAGCAAACUGAACUGUAGCUGCUGUUAGCUGCUGUUAGCUCAGUUUGUUAGCCAGGCUGUUGUGCCAGAACCGGAGCUGAGCACAAGCUGUGAAGAAAGUCUGAACUGGACUCAAAACUCCUUGAAGUCAGCUGCAGCAGGUUAUCAGGUUUGAUCCCUCAGCCACUGUGUGAGUCACUGCAGCGAUAAGAGGUUACAUUUAGAAGUCAGUGAGUUCCUGGUGUCGACUGUACUCCACCAGUGACACCAGCUGGCACCGGGCCCGGCUGAUAAACACCUUCAAAGUAAAAUGACGUCAGUGAGGUCAAAGACAAAUAGGAUGUGGAUUGACAAAGAUUCUGCUCGGCUCAUUCGGGGCCACAAAGCAAACUUUGUUCAAGCUGCAACACGGUGGUAAAUGGUCAACAUGCAGAGUAAACACGUUGCUUUUCCUUGUUAAGGUGUGUCGUUAAUAAUGUGCUGGAUUGUGACCACACCUGUGCCAGUGCUGGAGGGUGAAUGGGUGGAUUACUGGAACCUUUCAGACACAUGCUUUCACACGCUGAGCUGACGAGUGUGAGAAGGAGAGAAAAGCCUGAAAACUGGAUGGAAAGAGAGAAGAACUAAAACCUGUUUUUAAAGGAAGAUAAAGGUGAAUAUGAAUUCAGAUCCUGGAGCCACAGAGCUGGAUUCACACUGGGUGACACCUGAACACCCCCCCAACGAUGAAGAACCAGUACAGAGCUCUAGCCAUCAGAUCCAGGACCAGGAGCUGGACCCGGUGCUGGUUUGGGUUCCCAGUGGUAGGCGUCUGAUCUCUGGCCUGCUGGGUCUGAACGUGGUGCUGCUCGGAGCUGCUCUGGUGGCCGGACAGGCUUUCAACCCUGAUGGCCUGAAGCACGAGGAGCCCCAGGUGUUCAUGCUGCUGCUGAUGGGGGUCAGCUUGGUUUGGAUGCUGUGGUACCUGCUGUGGGCCAGAAAACAGCCCGGCAUCUGUCCACAUAAAGACCACCAUGCCGGGGGAAUCCCUGUCACCUUGGUCCUCCUGCUUUUUGCUGCGUUCAGUCUGCUGCUGUACGUCUGCAGGAUCGGAUAUUUGAUCAGUAUGAGGGAGUGUAAGCCUGCUGCUAAAGUGCUGUCUCCAUUCAUAGAGGCUCCUUUCCUCACACUGCAGACAUAUUUGCUGUGGGCUCACUCCAAAGAUUGCAUUCACAGACACAAGAUCAUCACCAGGUCCGGCCUCAUGCUGAUCCUCUCUGCUGACCUGCUGCUGUGGCUGAACGCGGUGACCGAGGACACCAUCCAUGAGGAGAUCGAGUUAGAAAAAGAAGACAGGCUGGACUUCAGCAACUCAUCUGAAGCAGACGCCUCUGAUCUGACAGGAAUCGCAAACUCGACCUUGUGUCAGUGCAGUGCGAGUGCAGCCUGCCUCACCUUCAGGAAAGGCUUUGAAAUCCUUUAUCCCUUCAACAUGGAGUACUACCUGAUGGCAGGCUGCAUGAUCUACGUGAUGUGGAAGAACGUGGGCCGCAGGAUGAGUGCAGAUCACCACCACGUUACUCAGAAGCUGACCCUUCACAUCGUCUACGAAGGCGGGCUCAUCUACGGCCUCGUGUUUGGCGGCCUGGUCCUCGUGGCCGGAGUGACUACCUUCAUUCUCUACCAGGUGUGGGUGAGCCAGCGGCAGCGUCGCCUCACGGCCUUCCUCAUAUUUUACGGCUUCCAUUUAGCGGUCAUGCCCGUCAUGUCUCUCUGCUGCCUGGCUGGGAUGCUGGUCCACAGGCUGGAGAGGAGGGUGAACGAAGGAGGCCACAACCCAACUCGCAGCCUGGACGCGAUGCUGCUGGUCGCGGCGGCUCUCGGCCAGCUCGCCCUGUCUUACUUCUCCCUGGUGGCGGCCCUCGCUGUGGGGACCCAAGGACCUCUGGGUGACCUCGACCUGUCGUACUCCCUCCUCAGCCUGCUGGAGCUCAUCCUCCAGAACAUCUUCAUCAUCGAAGGCCUCCACAGGCACCCCAAGCUCCUCGCCAAGAAGAAAGAGAAGCAGCGCAGCAGCAUAUUCAAGGUGAGCGAGCUUCACCUGCAUUGGUGUUUGGUUAACGUACACAUCAAUGAAAAGGUUUUGUUUGAAUCAUACAACUGUCAUACCACAGGUGAAGAAGCAAAAACAAGAGGAGAAGACGACGGAUGUUUCGCUGCUGGAGGGGAAACCGCCAACUGCUGCUCAAGAGCACGAUGGGAAAAACUCCUGGACCAAAAGAGCGAUCAGAGAAAUCUGUGCCUUCCUCAUCCUGUCCAACGUCAUGGUAACGUCACGCGUCUUUCUGUGUUUUCUUUGUCGUUUCUACAUUCAUCCGUCACGUCCAUGUUCCCUCUCCUUCCAGCUGUGGGUGAUCCCAGCGUUCGGAGUCCACCCGCAGUUCGAGAACGGCCUCGGGAAACAGUUCUUUGGCUUCAGCGCCUGGUUUGUUCUGGUGAAUCUGGGCCAGCCGCUCAGCGUUUUCUACAGGAUGCACUCAGUGGGAGCUUUGAUGGAGCUGCUCAUCGCUGCUUGACGGACGCUGACUCUUUUUUUAUUGUGUGGACUUUUAGUCUGUUUUUCAUGGUUUAGUUCAAAUUAAAGAAUAUCUCAAUGAUACAACAGUUUGUUUUUGUCCUUUUGCCGUUUUCCCAGUUUGAUUUGUAAUGAAACUAUCAAUAAUCUAUAAUCUAUGAAGGGAAACUCAGGACUUUUCUCUGGAGCUUUCAGCUAUUCUUCAUCAACAAAUAGAACCAGCUCUGUUGUCAUCAUGUGACCUUCAGGGUCAGGGCAUCUCUUAAAUUGCAAAAUUAACAAAUAUGUAAUUAACAUGUGACUUCAAUAAAAACUUAAAGGUCCAGUCUGUGAGGAUUUAGUGACAUCUAGUGGUGCAGUUGAUGAUGUCGCCUCAUCUAACUCGAGAAAAACCCCCAAACUUUCAUGUUAUUAGAUAAAUUAUAAUAAUUUAAACAACACUGAUGAUCUUCACAAUAUUUUAGAUCAACGUGAUUUUACAUGAUGUACAUAGAGCAGGAGGAGAUCUCUGCUCAGCCGAUCGAUGCACUCACGAGGGUUUGAUGUUCAGGUGUCCACAAACUUUUGGCCGUAUACAUGAAAUAACUUCCUCUGAGCUCAAACGGUUCUGAUCAGCCUUUAAUGCCGCGGACAACACCGUGUGUUUCCAUCUCAGAGCGGGUUUCAGUCCAUCAGAGCAG